GAAGGAAAGCGCAGGUCAAAGGAGCUCCACAGUGCCUUCCAGAUGUUGUGCCCAAGAGAAAGCGGACGAGACUCAAGCUCCCUGCAAACCCGCUACGGACUACUCACAAACCCAGUCAUGUUUCUCAGCACCCGUACAGGGGCAGGGUGAUUCACUUGCUGGCCCUGAAGAAUUACAAGAAGCCGGAGCUACUUGCUCGCUUGUAUAGAGAUGGCAUCUACCGAAAGGACAAGGAUUGCCUUGCAAUUGUCCUUCAACAGGUAGCCACACUGAAUCCAAAGGAUAACACUUAUGCACUCAAGGAUUAUUUAUUGAAAGAUAUUCAGAGAGACUGGCGUGGGUACGAUGGAGCAGAUAAACAGUUGUUGGAGUUAAUACUUUCGAGGAAAUUAAACUCAUCUCAGAAUGCCACCAGCACAGGACAUUCGGAAUCUCCUGUAACUUCUGAGAAAGAUGCCCCAUCAACCGCUCCUCAGAAACGGCCUUUGAAUUCUGAUGUUGCCAGUCCUGUGGCAAACAAGAAGCAGAGGAUCUCCCAUGGCGCCACUCGAAUCCAUCCACCUUCCAGUGGCCACUUGUCAGCCCCCAGCGAGAGGCUUCCUCCCACCCUGGUAUCCCUCGGAAGCACUGCUCCUCUGUGGCUGCUUCCCACUCUCCUUGCCACUCCCAACCCUCCUCACAUGGCCAGCUCCAACUCCUCCAACACCCCUGAGGGAUGGGGCACACAAGACCCGCUGGUGGACCUUAAAAGAGAAGAAACUGCCCAGCAGGAAAAGUCCUCCUGCUUGGACGCACAAGAAGGAGUCAGAGAAACUUGCACUGCCUCCGCAGACCCUCCUUCAGUGAGCGAACGAGCAGGCUACUUCAGAAAAUACACGUCCGUAGUCUCGCACGAGCAGCGCCAGAGUUACGAGGCUGACUUUGAUGCUGAGUUUAGGGAAUACAGACACCCGAAUGCUCACAUGCAGAGUGUCACCAACAAAUUCAAGAACCUGGGUGCACAACGGAAACUGCUUGCGCCAGGGUCCAGAGACUAUCAGAUCCUCGAGGAGGAGAUCUCAGAUGAGUACCGCAAGUUACAGCAGUCUAGCCCCAGCUACUCUGAGCAGAAGUGCAGGUGCAUGUAUCUCCACGAGAAGCUCUCUCGUAUUCAGAGGCUCAUACGGGAGUUUGACCAGCGCCGAGCAGAGUCCCUGCACUAG